GGGCCAGCGGGCAGCGAGCCCCGGGCUCGCCUCUCCGACAAAGUCUUCUGCUACAACCCCCUCACCGACACCUGGAGCCAGGUGCGGCCGCUGGCUCAGCCUCGCUCGCAGCUCAAGCUGUUGGCCCUGGACGGUUACCUCUAUGCUGUGGGGGGUGAGUGCCUCUUCACCGUGGAGAGGUACGACCCACGGGCUGACCGCUGGAGCCCUGUGGCACCCCUGCCCAAGGGUGCCUUCGCUGUGGCUCACGAGGCCACCACCUGCAAUGGGGAGAUCUAUGUGUCGGGAGGCUCCCUCUUCUAGAGUUUCAUCUACCGCUUUGACGUGAGCAGUGGCCGCAGUGGGGAGCAGGGCCCAGGCGGCGGGACUGGUGGUGGUGUCGAAGUUUUCCGGUACAACACAGUGGCCAAGCGCUGGAGCCAGUGUGCCAGCCUGCGGCCCAGCGGUGGCCCCAUCCAACCCUUCCGCUGUGCUCCCUUGGGCAACACCAUCUACUGCGUCAACCGGACCGGCACCCUCCGCUUCAGCCUAGCCCAGGAUGGUGAGGUGGAAGCGGAUGGCGGGCUCAAGGGCACCUUCGAUGGGGAGCUUCUUAAAGCUCCCUUGGAUGCCAAGGGUGUCCUCCUACCCUUUGUGCUCACCCUGCCCGAGAGGCUGGACAAAGCAGGGGACCAGGAGGGCUCCCUCCCGCUGUGAGGUGACCAGCCUGGCUCUGGCCUCCCAAGCGGGGAGCUGGGUUGAAGCUGUGGGGGACCCACAAACUCCCCCCUGCAAAGGGGACCCUCUCUGGUGUGUCUACAGAAAGAAGGGGCUCCCCCUUUCCUCUUCUCUGCUCCCAAGAAGUUGAGCUGGAGCCUUGGUUGUAACUCGGUUGUAAUUCUUCUUGUGUUUGCUGUGCUUUGUGUGAAAAGCACAUGAAAGGAAAAAGCUGCUAUAGAGGAUAUUCUCUGGAUUAUGUUUGUGCCAAUUCCUAAUCUGAGAAAAACUUUUUUACACCUGGAUUUCUAAAAAAUUCCUGACAACAGUGUCAUAAUGGGACAGUACUGUUAAGUGUUGGUCACGUGUUUACACGUAGUUGCAAUCUGGGCCUUUUCUGCUAUUUGUUUUCUUUCUCUUUGGGAUGAUACCAAGGGAUAAACACUGCUGGCAAUGUAGCUUAGCUACAUUUGGGUUUAUGUUAAACCAACUAUUUCCUGUGUUAGAAAAGUAUAGGAAGAACAUCUCCAUCACAGCCUUUCAUUUCUGGUGCAAUAGAUAGUUUAAGGAAGACAUGGCACUGUGUGGUCCCAGGAAUUUCAACCACCCUGAAUGAUUUAAGAGAUACCAGACUUAAAGUUUUAAGCAACACAAAUGUGUGCCACAUGUUUGUAUUUGGAAUACAAAAAAAAAAAAAAAAAAAGGCAAGUUACCUUUUUAAAAUGUGGCAUGUUAUAGCAGAUAUGAAAUGUUAUGUUCUUUAUUGGAAAAAGGCAAUGGUUUCUGUAUAAAAAGACAUCGUUUUAUUACCUUUUUUAUCACAGAUUUUAAAUUAUAACAAAAAUGAACUGAAGCUGUUCAGACUGCAACCGAUUGACAUGACCAUGUAUGCCACUAGAGUUGGGGGAAAUAUUUUGUACUUCAGCUGCUCUUUAAUUAACUGCAGAUAAAGGAAAAGUAACCUAAACCAAAUGUAAAUUCUUUGAAACUGACUGCAGACAGCUUAAAUGUUUCACUGUAUGUUAAGUAUCCUGUGGAAGGGGCUUUUCUAACUUAGUGCAAGACCAUCAAAGGAAGACAUGAAAAAUAGGAAUGCGCUACACAUGUUGACUAUAUUAUGCACUAGCAUGAUGUUAUUUCCCUAUCUUUUGAUUGAGAGACUGCUUUAUUUAUUUCGAUCUAAUGAUUGCUGUAAUCAAUAAGUUCUUGUUAAUUGCAGCACGUGCUGUUAGCGUGUGCUGUCUUUGGGAUUCUGAACCGCCUGAGAGCACUGUUUGUGGAGCAGCAUACUAACAAGAUGAAACCAUACAAAGCCUGUGGAAAGUCGGAGCAUACUUUUUGUCAUGUUACUCAGAACUGGGAAAGUGUAAGCGGUCUACACAGACAGACUGCAUUGAAAAGGGAACAUGCAUUUAUUUUAUACAUUUUAUAUAAAAAAUCAAUAGGCAAGGCAAAUGUUUUAGCUUUACAGUAAAUCACUGAGAAACCUUUUCUGAAAAACAGAACCAGUGUUUUUGCUAUUGGUAAUCCAGCCUGGAACUGGCAUGGACUGUGGAAGGGAAUUGUUUAUACUCAAAGCUCUAGUAUAGAUUCAUAUUUUAGAAAGACAUAGAGACCUUACAUCAAAGAAAGCAGAUCUUUUUAUGUUUUAUUAAGAUGUUUCUGUUAAACAGGACGUUAGCAUUCUUAUAUGUUAUUGCUAGUUCCAAAGGAAGGCAGCAGGCUCUGUCCUAAGAGACACCAUCUUCACAAAAGAGAAUACUGAAGUUUAUAGUUACUUCUUUCCUUCACUUUCAUGUUGCGGUGUUUGGUUUUGGUUUUUUUUUUCCUUUUCUGCAUCUGUCUUGCACAGGGUUUUAAUGCAGCUGAUCUGAUUAGCCAUCCUGUAGAAAACAGUGGUCCAGUCCUAAAAGUUCUUAGCCAAGUGAGCCUAUUCCUUAGUGAGCUGAUUAAAGCAUCACCCAGGUAGGAGCUGUAUGCCUGCAGAGUGUGAUGCUUGUCUUAGCCUCAGUACAGGUUGGUGCAGUGGAAUUUAAUGCCACAGAUGGUGUAUUCAUUAGUGAUUCACAAAGAAAGUGGUUUUUUUUUCACUGAAUGAUGGACUUAAUUCUCAGACAAGAAUCCUUGGGAAUGUUGACUCUAAAUUACAGCAUUGUAGCUUGAGCAGGAAAGAAAAAUGAUGUAUUUGCCUUCGGCAUCAUUUUUAUGUUAACUGUAGAAAGUAUUUCAAGCUGUGUAGUGAAACACUUAGGUGCAUACUUAAACUAAAGGCAGAAGCGCUAGGCCAGCUUUUGAACUAGUAGAGUCACCAGAAACACAAUGAAAUGUCUGUUUUAUCUUACAAUACCAUAAAAUUUCAUAGUUCAAAAUAUUAUGUAGUAUAGUUCUUACACUACAGCAUAGUGAGGAAUUGAGCCAACUUUUGCAUUCCUAUUAAUUAAGCAUUUUCAUUCUUGCUAAUGCAUGAAAAUGCUGCUAAAUGUGUUUUGAGAAGUCUCCAUGAUUUAAGCUGUGAAAAUAUGCCACAGACUUUCAGGAAGGAAUGAAACUUAUCCUUUCUUCCAAUAUUUGUUGUUUUACACCAUGAAGAAAUAUAUUUGGACAUAAUCUUUACAGUAAUAAGUAUUCCACGAACCUGCAGCGGUUUGUAUUUUUGCUAGCUCCUGUUCUUAGAAAAGGCUGAAUCAAGUGCUUACGCGCUUUCACUGUUUACACAGUGCGAGGGCAGAGUCUGGUCUUCAUUAGUAGUUGUCUGUCAAACCUGUUUCCUUUGCACACUCUUUGCAUAAUCGCAGCCUGAUGAUUGACAACACAGGCAUGUUUCUAGCCAGAUUUCCUACUCUGGGGCCUCUGUUUCCUCCCUGGUAAGCCCGAGGCAGGUUUGCCGAAAGCUGUUUUUUCCCCCAGUUGUAUCUUCAGCAUAUCCAAAAAAACCCCCAUCAAACUCAGAUACUAAAACCAGAAUUUAGGUAGACUUCAGGCAUUGAAGACCAAAAUUGUCACCCCAGAACUCUGCAUUUGAACUGAAACUGAGCAACCUCUGGCACUUUGACGUGUGGAGGGUGCUGAGCAGUUCCUCUCCACCGAUUCAGAACUGCUCACCUCUGAGCAGUUACACACCUACCUAGCUACCGCCUCAACUCCUUUGAAACUAGGUGAUGUGAUACCCAGAAGCCACUGGUGUAAUAUGGUUUUAUGGUACAAACUGAAGGGCAAGGCCACCCUCAAAUUGUGUUUGAAUAUGUUUUGCUUUUAAAACAGAGCUAUUUUAUCUCAUAGCCUGAGGGCUACGGUAUUUGCAUGGGAACAUGGAGAUAUGCGUUCGCUUUCUUAGCCUGCAGAGGAUUCAGUCCACAUCUCCCACUGCCUGAUUGGCAAUGGAUUGAAGGACCUUUUGGAGCUAAUCACUGAUCUCUAAAUAUUUAUGCAUUUUGUAUUAUACAUUAAUGGACUAAAAAUCUCAGAAAUGAUCCGUGUAGGUAAAUUCUGAGGUGACUCCUCACUGAGUGAUCUGAGACUAGCUGGAGAGACAUAGUCCUCUCUGCUGCCUUUCUUCUCCAUGGGUCUCACAGUCCCCUUCUUCCACAUUUAAUAGGGUGUGCAGGAGAUAAAUUAUUCUGCUUCCUCCUCCAGGGAGUACCUGUUUUCAAGGUCAUCUGCUUAGAGGACGUAGGCUUGAAUUCCCUUAAGCUGGGUAAGGGCUUAACUCGGGCCUCCCAUGUCGUGUGUGUGUUCUCAAAUCUAGAUGGCUAUUUAAAAGAGGAGUAUCGGGACCACCUCCUACAGCUGUUUUUCAGGGAUGAACCUCAUGCACAUCCUCCAAAAGCACACAUAGGCUCCUGCACCUCAAGUUCUGGGUAGAUUCCAUGCUCCAGCUCCUGGAUGGGUAAUUCAGGACACGUUUAGUGCAUGUUGGUGCAAUUGGGCAAGUUUUCUUCCGUGGAAAGCUUUUCCAGACAGGCUCUGUAUUUUGGGCUGCCAGUCUGAGGUGAGGGACUGACUCCAUGCGCUGUACUGGGAGGCCAAGCAGGAAAUUUGGAUUCUUCUCAGGGGUGACGCCUUGGUAAAGAGGCGUUGCAGUGCCUAACGUGGAAAUGCCUAAAGCCUUCACUGCAUCUAAAACUAAAUCCCUGCUUCAAUAAAGAAACAAGCCUUCUUAGCAAUGCUAAUACCAGAUGGAGCUUUACUAUUUCCAUCUAUUAACCGGUUCUGUAAAAAGAAAUCUUAAUUGCAGCAAAGGUAUUUGUACAAAUUCUGUUUACACUUGGAAACAAAGUCAAAGGAAUAAUUGGCAAAAAAAAUAACCCUAUUUGAUCAAAACAGGCCCUGUUAAGCAACAUGGGAAGGUUGCUAAUCAUACCCUAUUAAUGAAUAAAAUUGUGCAGUAGCUGAUGUAAAUUCUGUCCACAAAAAAAUUCUUUGUAAAUAAGUACCUGGUGAAAUUUAAAGUGAUAAAAGAAUAAAUUAUUCACAUGAAAGCUGUAACUCUCCUGUGCUGUUUGAUUGGCUCUCAGAGUGUCGUAUCCUGAUUAUCACUAUUCACAAGUGGCCUGCUGCUUUUCCCGCUUUACGGUACCCGUUCCAUUGACUGCUCCAUAGCUGUGUUACCCUUUCAUUAUCGCUGAGCUUAACGGUGGUACUGGGGUGAUUUGCUUUGUCUCUGGACUGACACGUCGUGCUUUCUGCUUGAAUGAACCCAGAAUAUUUAGACAGAACUGUAUCUUUGGGCUUUUUUUUUUUUUCCUCAGUGGCGUUCUCCUGGGAAACUUAAGAAAGCACAAGUAGGGGACAUGGUGGUACCAUUGAGCAGUUGUAGUAACAAGCAUUUAAUGAAUUUCUGUUUUUGUCUGCCGUUAUUCUGCGCACCAGACUCGCACUGGAUUUAACAGAACAUCUCUGUGCGCGCUAUUACCAGUGUGAGCCCGAGUACUACUGUAGCAAACUAUGUUUUCAUUUGAGUAUAUUUACUGCCUCAACUCCUACUCUGAGAUAAUUUAGUGCAAGUUUAUAAUAGUUCCUCACAUUUAGUAGAUUCCUGGAAUUAUUCUGACUUUACAUGACUGCUACUAAAAGCAGCGACUGCCACUCAAGCUCAGUAAAAUCGUGCAGUAAUCACACAACUUCAUUUGCUUUGGCCUCCUGAAUGCUGAGAGCUGCUGGCAUAAGCCCAUCGGCAUUGGGAAUCAGCAGGCUAUUUUGGAAGCUCUCGAACUUUCAUCAGUUAC